CGUAAUGGCCGUAUUCACUUGGAGGACGAUUCGUGGUUCGUGAACAUAUACUACUGGCAAAAAGUCUCGCGGUAACGAUUCAUCAUCCUUAGUUAAUUAUCCGAAGUGAUCCGUGUGUAACGCGUUUACGUUCGCUUGCAUGACAAUCGUUGUCAUUUGUACGUCGGUGUAUCGCAGUUGCUACGUUCCGUCCUCGUCGUCGGCUCACGGACAACCAUCAUUGCGAAUGUACAAUGGCCGAUGUGGAAGGAAAAAAAUUGACCGAGCUUCGGGUUAUAGACCUCAAGACCGAAUUGGAACGUCGUGGUUUGGAUAAGGUCGGCAAUAAAUCCGUACUCUUGGAUCGACUUUCAAAGGCAAUAUUGGAGGAAGGAGGUAAUCCCGAAGAAUGCCUUAUUAUACCAUCUGGUGGUACAUGUAAAACCAAUUUAAGAAAAAAUGAUGGUGCUUUAAACCAAGAAGAAUCCGCCGAAAGCUUGGAGAAGAACAAGGAAGAAAAAGUUGAUGGGCAAGAUAACACAGAUAAAUCUAAAGGAGAAACAAAGGUUGUGGCGGAAGAAAGUAGUGAGAUAUCUAAGAAAGAGGAAUCGCAAUCUGAAGUCAAAAACAAUUCUACUAAAGAGGAAAUUGUUAAGCAAGAUACUAAGAUGCAGGUAACCAAAGCUACAAGCGAGAAUAUACAGAAUAAUGACAAGAAGAAUGAUUCGGAGAAAAUAAAUGCCUCGAAUCAAUUUUCGAACGCAACAUCCACAAUCGUUGAAGCUAACGGAAUUGACAAUGAGGAUUCUAUUAAUCUGACCAUCGGAGAAGAUGAGGAAAAUCUCCUGGUUGAGGAGACGGAAUCUCAUGAUCGUCAUAAGGAUGGUGGAGAGAAGAAGAAAAUGGAAGAGAACAACAGCAAGAAGGGAGACUCGAAAGGAAGCGGUAGUAGAGCGGAAGCUGGCGCCAGUGGCAAGGAAGGGACUUCUGCGUCUGGUGCGAACGUCGGGAUGAAGAGCAAGCAGGACGGUGGAGAUGGAAGCAAGAGCGUGGACGCUAACAACAAAAACCAAAAACGAGAAGAAAGAGGUAAGCCCGUGUUUCCCUUUCCGCGUUAUUACCACAUCGGCGACUCGAUCUUACGGUUUCGCAAAUCUCCCGUAGUACACGCCACCAUACACUUCGUGGAGAAGAAGAUACCGACCAAUACGAUUAACGCGAGCAGCCGCAAUCUUUGGGUCUCGGGUUUAUCGUCCAGCACUCGUGCCACUGAUUUGAAGCAGAUAUUCUCGAAAUAUGGCAAGGUCAUUGGCGCAAAGGUGGUCACCAACGCGAAAACUCCGGGAGCGAGAUGCUACGGAUAUGUGACAAUGUCCACGAGCGAGGACGCGACCAAGUGUAUACAGCAUUUGCACAGAACAGAGCUUCACGGACGUGUCAUAUCCGUCGAGAAGGCAAAGGGAGAUACUCAGCAGAGUCAUGUGCGUAAACGAGACACCGUCAAUGGCAAGUCGGACAAGAAGGAGGAGAAGGAGAAGCCGAAGGAUCAUGAUGCGAACGAGAGGAAGGAGAAGGACAUAAAGAAGGAAACGGAAGAGAAAGGAUCGGAUGCUGUGAAGAAAUCCGACGAUAAGAACGAGAGCGCCGAGUCGAAGAAAUUGGAAGCGCAAGACAAGAAGGAAGAUCCAAACAAAGAGUCCGAUUCGCGAUCGACGAAAUCUACCAGCAAGAAACCGGAGAGUGAGAGAAGUAGACGAGAAGAGAAACGAAUUCGCACGUGGGACAGAGACCACCGGUCUCACAGCCGGUCCAGGAGUCGCGAGAGACGGAGGCGCGAUGACGUUCUCACAUUCGCAAAGAUAAGGGAAGAACGCGAGCGGCAGAGGCUGCGCGAGAGGGAACGGAUGUUACGGGAAGAGGAGCGCCGAAGAAGGGAGGAUAUUGAGCGCCAGCGUGAAAUAGAGCGUAGACAGCGGGAGGAGGCGGUGCGAUUGGAGAGAGAACGGGAGAAAUUGAGGCGCGAGCGUGAGCGGAUCGAGCAAGAGAAGGCCGAGUUGCUGCGGCUCGAGCGAGAACGGCAGAAGCUCGAGCGGGAGAAGCUCGAGCGCGAGAGGAUGGAGCUGAAGAGGCAGCAGAUGCGCUUGGAGGAGAGCAGACGCGCGCCGCCGCCGCCGUCCAUAAAGAGAACGUCCAGCGACAGGAGAGAUCCCCGGGAUUUGUACGUGGAGUCGGAGAGAAAACGAAUCACGACGGAGCACAGUCGUAGGCACAGCCCGGACCGGGUGUCCGACAGGCGAAAUGAGAUGCUGGAUCGCGUGACGGACAGACGAUUGGACCCCUCGCCGCCACCUUCGCGAUACGAGUCUAACAGAUCUGCUCAGGAUCUGGGAAUGAAGAAAGAAUUCAAACGAAGCAGCGAGUUCUCGUCGAGAAGUAGCCGGCCGGAUAGCUUCUCCGACGUGUCUCGUGGUAGGGAGGUCAUCGUACGCCGGGAAAGCCUGUCCACCACAUCCUCGUCCAUCGAUCCGCGGCAGGUAAAAGAAAGAUACGAACGUCCAAGCACUACGACCUACACUCGUGAGCGCGAAGUGCGACGUUCCGAUCCCGAGACGCAUAGAAGUUCCAGGGACAGCCACACACGAUACAACGAAAGCUUCAAGCCCCCGGGCUCCAGUACGCCACGUGAGAGUCGCUACGUGGAGAGCAACCGUACACCAAGCGGAUGGCAUUCAGGACCGACGUCUUCAAAGUCCUUCAACUCGGUGACGAACAGCGGGUCGCGCGAUCCUCGCAACGAACCUUCCAGCUGGAGUUCCAGGUCGUCCGAUAAUGUCAACAGAUGGAGCAACUCGAGCAACAUGGGCAGCACUCUGCGGCACCCGAUCCCGCCGACGUAUCAGAGCGGGCCGAUUCAGUCGAUGGGACUGACCGCUCCCGGAACGGCGCCGUCCUACGAGCGGUUCGACGCGUACAAAUCGUCCCUGCCCAUGAGGAAAUACUGAUCCGUUCGAUCAGGUUCGCGCGAGCAGGCGAGUCGUUCGUUUGAGUGACCGCACGUCGCACUACCCAUAUCGGGACCCAUAGAGAAUCGGAGAGAGCUCGUCUUGUUUCUCGGCAAGUUGAUCGUCACGGCCGUGGCGCGCGACCUCGAACGCCGUCAUUGCCGCACCACGACUCGCGACUAGUCGUCGCGAGUCCUUUCCGCGCAGUGUCCGAUCCUGACGAUGAUGGAAAUGCGGGGGAAUUCCAGCGCCGUCAUGCAGCAGCCGCGAUCUUUCAAGUCUCGCAUCGGCAUUACAAUCACAGUCAGAGAGAGAUGGUCUUCAUGUGAGACUUACGGAGACGGCCGUGCUUUUUAUAUCGUGUCGAAUCAUCGGUAUAUAGCACACAAUCAGGUGCACAUGCGUUUCUUUAAACGAACAUGGAAAAUCAUGGGAAUCUACAGACGUAAAUUUUUACGGCGGUGAGUCGCGCGUAAGCAACGAGAGAGAGGAAAGAAAAGGAACACAGUAUCCAAGAAAGAGCGCAUUACUCUUCGUAUGUUGUUACUCUUGUUCGGCAUUCAUUUCUCUUCGCAGAGACGCGACUUCGACAGCAACGUUUGUGAGACGUUUUUCCAUCACACAUACGCAAUGGACUUUUGUAAAUGUGUUAAUAGACUUCAUUGUGCCCCACGAGAGAAAGAAAGAGGAGGGGAGGAGAGAGGGGGCGGGAGAGAGAGAGAGAGACGACUUAUUUUCCUAUCUUUCUCAGAAAUUGCGCGACAUCCGCGAUUUGAUUUACGAACGUUCGCCGCGCGGCCUCAACGGGGGCCUCCGUGCGGCUCAAUCAGCAGUUUUCGCCCGAAGUGCGGUCCUUCUCGAAUUCAGCCUUCUCGACACCACGAGAUAACGAAGAGGCUCGCUGGACGGGUGUUGCAGUUGUUUAAACUACGAGCCAGAAUGUUUGUUCUGGUGGAAUGUAAAACGACGACGAGGACGGUCUGCAUCGUACCGUGUAAUUUUAUUUAGCUAACGUUAGUUUACGCAUAGUUACUUGAUACACACACAAUUAUACAAUGGAAUUUAAGCAAAAUGCGUAUUGAUGUAGCGAACAACUAUUGGAACGUAAAUAAAAAUUUAGAUAAUGUAAU